AUGAAGAUCGAUAUUGCUACCGGUACUUUAAUUUUAGCUGCUAUUUCCCAAGUCGCUGCUGCUCCAGCAGCAGAUGGCCCAGCUAAAGUCACUUCUUUAACUGUCAGAGAAUUAACUUCUGUUAACAAUGCCAUUGUCGCAUUAGAACAUUAUAAUGCUAAGAGAGAUUUAAUGUCAGCUGAAGAAUUACAAAAAAGAGAAGUUCAAAUUGUUACUGAUGUUUUAGCUGCUAUUAAAGAUACCAAUUUGGCUCCAGCUAUUAUUAAAUAUAUUAUUGAUGAUCCAACUUUAUCUGGUAUUGCCACUGAUGUCAUUGUUUGGGCUAUGAAAAGUGGUAUUAUUAACUUGGAUACUUUGUUGAAAUCAUUGAAUGAUUCUGGUUUGGCUGUUGAUGUUAUCAAUGAUUUAAUUCAUGAUUGUCAAUUCUAUGCUCAAAUUUAUAAGAUUGUUUUACAACAACUUGCUAACUUGCCAAGUUUGAUUGCUUCCAUUUUGGGUUUGAACUCUAACGAAGUUGCCAGUUCUAAAGCUGCCACUGCUAAUGUCAAGAGAGAAUUAAUUGAAGCCGGUGCUCAAUCUCAAGUUCCAGUUCCAAUUUUAGCUAGAGAUACUCAAGAAAUUUUGACUUCAUUGAUGGAAUCUUUGAAGAAUUCUGGUUUGGCUAACCAAGUUGUUGAAGCUUUGGUUGUUGAUGAUCAAUUCUACACCUGGGGUGCUGAUUUGAUUAAACAAUUGUUUGAUUCCGGUGCUAUUACUUUAAGUGAAGUCAUCCUGGCUUUACUUGAUUCUGGUUUGAUUCCAUCAAUUAUUGAAGCUUUCUUAAACAUUGACACUUUAAAGACUGUGAUUGUUAAUGCCUUAGCUGCUGCUUUCGGAAAUUGUCAAAGUGUUACACCAACAACAACUUUCCAAACCUCUGUUACUGCUACUACAACCACUUCUUUUAGUGUUCCAGAUAGUUUCACCUUAACUAGUGUUCCAACUGAUUCGGCUACUGGAACUGCUACUGGUUCUCCUACUAGUACCGCUCUUUGCAGAAAGAAGAGAAAGAGAAGAUCUUACUAA